AUGAUACUGACCAACUCAAUGGUGAAGUGCUGGAACUUCACUGUGUUCUGUAUGGUUGCCAUGAUGGACAGCGUAUCACUUCUGGCCCAGGGGACAGUUAACAUGUUAGGGCGCUGGCUGCAGCUCUUGGGAGGUAUUUUGGAGAGUUUCAAAAUGGUGGGCUACUUGUCCUCACAUGUUCUCUUGCAUGUCAGGGAUCUCUUCCACCGUGGGCUGCUGUGUGGCCUCUGCUUGCUGCAGCAGGUGUGGGAGGGCUGUGGCAUUGCAGUCAGUCUGGUGCUCUACCUGGUCAACACGGUGGUCAACCUGCUGCUCAUCGGGACCCAGAACGUCUACUCUGUUGUAGUCAGCAUGUGGGAGGCGGUCUCCUACCCACUGCAGAAGGCUAUGGAGCUCACCCUCACACUCUUCACCUUCCUCUACAGCAGCCUGGUCGGCACCUCAGUCGUACUCUGGACUCCCGUCAGGCUUGCCCUGGACUUCCUAGGCUUGCUCGGACACAUUUUCGUCAGCGUCUUCCUCCUGAACAUUUAUGGCCUCAUUCUCACGGCUGCCAUUGUUGUCACCGCCACAAUCUACAUGAACCCUGAGCUGACCCGUCUUGGAGCCCGCCACGCCGUCGGUUACUUCAACUCUUUCCCCACCCUGCAGGUCCUACAGAGGGUGCUCCAUCGGCUCUGCAUGCUGGGGAGGGGCGUGUGGCAGAGGCUUCAGCGGCAGGCCAGCCUCCUAUACCAAACGAUAACACCAGUCUACAGGAACAUCAGAGUGAGGGGUGAGGGCCACACCAGGCAACCUGAACCCAGUGACAGAGAGCAGAGGGCUCUUCCGGACGGUAGAGCAGGAGACACUGCACCACACGCUGAACGCGCUGCUCGGCCUCGCCAGCUAAUGGAUGACCUGUGGGACCUAGCAUUCCCCAGCUCUAGCGGCACAUACAGGCCUAUACAGAAACAUAAGCUCUCCUCAGAGGAGGGGGGCACCAGCUCCAAGGGUCCCCCAAAGGACAGCCUACUGACUCUGCUCCAGGAGCAGGAAGAGAGGAAGAAGUGCAUAAUCUGCCAGGACAGUACUAAGACAGUGGUGCUGCUGCCUUGCCGCCACCUGUGUCUGUGUCGGGACUGUACCAACAUAUUGCUGCGCCAGCCCAUCUACCAGCAGAACUGUCCGCUCUGCCGCCAUAUGAUCCUUAAUACCAUGGAUGUGUAUCUGUGA